AGCCGUUUCUGCAAGUAGAUGGACAGUUGCUCCAUUGUUAAUGAGAGGCCUGCUUUGACAAGCGGCCGAUGGAGGCGGAAACGCCAGGAGGAGCAGAUGCUCCAAAGCCAAAGGACACAAAGGACAAGUCCGUGGAUGAACAAAUUCAGGAUGCACUUGAAGCAAUGCUGUCCAAGAAAAGUUUGGUCAAAGACCAGUUCUUGGCAAGCAAGAUGAAUCCACAGAUGUACAUUCCUAUUUCUGUUCUGCUGCAGCAUGACCGCUUGCAAAGCUUGCGAGCUACGCAGAUGCAGGUGGCAGCUGCAGCUGCAAAGUCGAAACGAUUGGGAGUGGAUGACCAAAGAACCAUGGUUCGCCCAGUAUUCAAGUCCAAAAGGCACAUUGUAAUUCUUCGAGAUUUGCCUGAUGGUACGACAGAGGAAGAGAUCCUGAGCCUUUUCUCAACUGGCCCAUAUGCUGAAAAUGUGGUGAGUGUCAAGCCAGAGGUGAACAACACCUGGUUUGUGAAGUUCGUCGAUGAAGUUGCCCCAGAAGUUGUCCUGUGGCUGCGGUCGCAGACUUUCAAGGGCAAGCCGGUGAAUGCAGCCAUCAAGUCAGAGCACUUCUUGCGCAGCUUUUUUCCUGUAAACCAAAGCAUGGGCUUUGUGCCCCCAGGGUUGCCUCCAAUGGAUGAAGGAGAUGUGCAUCCCAUGCAUGGCUUUCCUCCAGCUCCGUUUCCUGGUGGCAAAGGCGCCGGUUGUCCAGAUUUCAUGCCACCUCCUGGUAUGAUGCCUCCAAUGCAAAUGGGGAUGCCUUAUGAGAUGCCUGUGGAGCCCAACAUGCAAUUUGGCCUGCAAUCUCCAGGCUUUUGGAAGCCUUGGGGCAGUCGCCACAGACAACCACCGCUGACUUUUUCGCCUGACUGCCCUCGAAUUGGUAAUGAUCAGGUAGCUCCUCAAAUGGAAUCCUGGGGAACAGGUGCUCCCAGCAAGGGAAAGAGCAAAGGAAAGGAAGAUUUUAGCAAAGGGAAGUCGAAGAAAGGGAAAGGAACGUCUGGGAAGUGGAGCAUCGACUGGGAGGACUCAGCACCGCCUGGCUACAAGGGCAUCAAGGUCAGGUGUCCUUGACCGCAUUUUAGUCUGCGGCAGUGGACCACUUUUCAGUCUUCAGCGCGACGAGAUGACGAGGAGUGCCUGCCCUGUGUGCCAGAAAAAACAUGUGGACGGCCCAACAGACCUUCUCCAGCGUCGCCUGGGAUGGCCGCAGAACCAUACCGACUUGGUCAGUCUUAAAGCCAUGAGUGAGACGGUCUAAGCAAUACAAGAAGGUGGACAAGUCCAGAGACUUCCAAUGUUCAUUGAAGCGCCCUAGUGUCCCUGUUGGGGCAUAUACUGACCUGCGAUCAGGUCCGACCCACAGCGGUAUAUACUCCAACCGAAUGAACUUCCAUGCCAUGCCGCUAGUGGAGCUUCAAUACGGGACGUUUUUUGGUGUUCUUUGGUGGGUACACACCCAUGGUCCAUGGUGAGAAAAUCUCUUCUGAAGGUUGAGGUGAAGAUGUUCACGUCCUGCAAGUUGCUACAAUGUGCACUACCAGCAACGAAAGCUUUAGGUCCCCAUGUUUCACUCGUGCGGUAACGCAAACAGGACCAAAGUUCGGAUGCAUGUGCCCCACGUACUCCAACCUCGCGAUUUAGCCAGACUCUCGAACUUGAUUACAGCCAGCCUACCUUGAUUGGACCAGUUUGAACCUUAAACAUUAUAUAUACAUUGUGUCCAUCAGGGCGUGUGCACAUGAUGUGAUCUUCUGUGCACUCUGGCUGUGACCAGGACCCAGACUCAUACAAAUAUAGACGCAACCUCUUUUUUUUAUUAUCCAAAUCCCAAUGCAAAAGUCAGAAGAAUCACCCCGGCAUCUGUACCAUUUGAGAGUGAUUGGCAUCCCUUGCUUGACCGAUCUCUGCAGGUGUGGCUCGUGGGUCAAAGAUUUUGCGCAAUUUUUUCAAGGGACGCCUCGCAAACAAAUCCCAGGAGCACUCAAGCAAAGGCUUGCCACCGUGCACAAAUCCAGUUGGGAAAAACAUGUUCACCCUCAAGCACCCAUGUUUAUAUAAGUGGAAUACCUUUACCACGCAUUUAAACGAAGAUUCAAGGCCUUUCAUGGCACAGGAGGCAAGAUGUUGCAGCAAUGUGAGGAGGAAUCAACACCGGGUGGGUUGCAAACCAGGAGAAGCACCAGAUUCAAGAUUAGCCAAGGAUUUGUCAAACGUGAAUCUGAACGUUCUAAUCUGAGCCAGAUUCAACACAGUCAGCUUCCCUGUGGUGGCAGAAAUUAAAGAGCAGCACAGCCAAACCUAUUCAUUGGCGAAGGGCAUUAGCCCGUGUGGCUACCAAAGGAGGCACUGUAGUCAAAGCCCAUACACAUAGCGCGUGCAAAGAUGACAGCUUAAUUGAAGAGUGAUUAGGCAUUCAGACUCAGCGUCUUUGUCUUCCUAAACUGGAUCGACCCGUUUUCAUUUCCAGGGCAAGCCAAGCUGGUAUGAUGAGUCCGAGGAUGUCGCGCAAGUUGUGCCCCUGGAUGACAGAAUCAGGAAGGCAUCGGAUGUCAAAGCCCCAAAGAUGAAAUGGGCUGUGAAAUCUGGCGGAGAAAGUGGUUGAGCGCUCUUGUUACUCCGCGAUGCAGGCCAUUGAUUUUGCCGAAUGCUACGCAGAAGAUCGGUUUCACCUAGACAGGGUUCGAAACAGCUUCAAGUGAAGUUGACAUCUCUUAAAGGGCUUGCAAGCGUAGAAC